AUGUCGUCGCGCAGGAGGCGUCGCAUGGCAUCCGAUGACGAAACGGACGAGGACAAUAUUCACACACCUGAACCCCCCAAGCGACCUCGACGAUCGACGCUGUUGCCUCCAUACGAAGUUAACGGUGGUCCAAGCUACACCAAUGGCGCGUCGCCCUCUGAUAUUAUGGAUGAGUUCCAACCUGGUUCUAUUGUGCGCGUCUUGGUCCAGAAUUUUGUUACCUAUGAAAAGGCGGAAUUUUUUCCUGGCCCGUACUUGAACAUGGUCAUUGGCCCCAACGGUACUGGGAAGAGUUCGCUCGUAUGCGCCAUCUGCUUGGGAUUGGGAUACAGCCCCAAACAUCUGGGACGUGCUGGCUCGAUCAAAGAGUUUGUCAAGCACGGCAGAGAAAAGGCGACCGUUGAAAUCGAGCUGCAAAGGAGGCCGAGCGAUCGCUACAACCACACCGUGAAAGUCCAGAUUCGCCGGGACCAGAAUACUCAAAAAUGGUGGCUAAAUGGCAAAGAAACAACGCACAAGAAUGUGCAAGAUCUCGUGAGGUCACUCAAGAUCCAAGUCGACAAUCUCUGCCAGUUCUUACCCCAAGACCGAGUGGUCGAGUUCGCUGCUUCGACUCCUGUGCAGCUACUUCAGGAGACAAUCCGCGCCGCGGCGCCGGAAGAGAUGCUUCUCUGGCAGAGCAAGCUUCGCGAGUUAUUUAAGGAAAAAAAGGAACUCACGGAGAACAGUCAAAACGACGCCGAGACCCUUGACAAUCUCGAGGCUCGCCAGCAAGGAUUGCAAGCCGAUGUCGACCGACUACGAGAACGUGACGAAAUCUCAAAACGACUCGACGACCUCAAGAUAGUAAAAGUUUUGGCCAGAUACCAAGAAGCGCGAAACAGAUGGAUGGAAGCCAAAGAGCAAAAGAAAAAGGCUCAGGAUUCUUUGAAGCGACUUGAGACCGAAAGCGGACCGUCGCUGCAGGCUGUCAACAGGAAGGAGGCAUAUUUGGACAGGAUCAAGUCCGCAUUGAACGCCAAGGACAGAGCUCUCCAACAAUGUCAUGACAUCUCAGAUGCCCUAGACCAAAAAGUCAAAGAUGGGCAGACCUCAAUGGAGUCGUUCGAUAACAAGAUGGCCGCUGAGCGAGCAACGUUUGAUGCCAGGAAAAAAGAGGUCGCUGCUGCGCGAGCUAAACUGACGUCGCUGCAAGCCGACCUGAAGAAUCAGCCGGGCCAGUUCAACGCAGCCGACUGGAACCAGAAGAUCCGUGCUGAGGAACACAACCUGCGCGAGCUAGAAUCCAUAGACCGAGAGCUUGGUUUGGAAAUAAGGAAGCUGAAAGACCAGGGCCACCUUACACGGUCGCGGUUGAACACUUUGAAAUCAUCUUUAGAAGCCCUCGACACACAGCAAGGUCAACAGCUAAACCUGCUGAGAAAGGGGUCCCCCGAGGUUGCACAGGGGUGGGAAUGGGUACAGGAACACAUGGGCGAGUUUGAAAAGGAGGUCCUCGGCCCUCCUAUGAUAAGCUGCUCUAUCAAGGAUGAACGUUUUUCAUCCCAGGUCCAGUCUCUGCUACAAAUGGACGACUUUACAUGCUUCACUGUCCAGACCCAUAACGAUUACAAAAAGUUGUCUCAUCAGCUUUAUGGCGUCAUGAGUCUUUCAGUCGUCAUCCGGUCUAGUAUGCAUUCUCUGGAAAAAUUUCAGCCUCCAAUGUCGCGGGAAGAUGCCCGCAACCUUGGUCUCGACGGCUUCGCUCUUGACUAUCUGGAAGGGCCCGCACCUGUGCUUGCAAUGCUUUGUUCAGAGAAGAGGCUUCACCAGUCUGGUAUAAGUCAAAAUGACCACGAUGAUUCUCAAUACAAUAGGCUAGCAAACAGUGGCAGCGUUACUCAAUGGGCUGCUGGGCAGCAUCUGUUCACUCUGCGUCGACGGAAGGAGUACGGCGGCAACGCGAUGACUGCGAUUAGCAAGUUUAUCAAUCCUCCGCGAUUCUGGACUUCGCAGGCUGUCGAUGUGCAAGAAAAGGCGGAACUAACUCGUCAGCUUGCAGAGGCUGAGGAAGACCACCAAGCGAUCAAGGAGAAACAUGCUAAAACCUUCGAGAGACGGAAAGCCCUUGAGGGAAAGAAGGAGGCCAUAAGCGCCAAGAUUGACGAUCUGAGAACAGAAAAAAGUGCUCUGCAAAAGGAGUAUCAAAAAUGGCAGUCUCUGCCGGAGAAGAUUGAGGCUGAAGAGGCUCGAAGAGUUGUGAAUGUUCAGACGAUGGAGGCAAUUCGAAACCGCAUUUUUGCGGCUCAAUACGACUUGGACAAGCUUGUCAUGGUGAAAUGCAACGCUGCGAUGCGUCACGCUGCUUCCCUAGAAGAGAUGAGGACGGCGCACCUUGAGUUCGUCGAUGCCACAAUCCGCUUUAUCGAAGCCGCGUCAGAUUUACGUGGUCUCAAGAAGCGGAAUGCUACCAUUGUGGAGCGACUUGAGAAUGAAAGGAGAAAGAUGGAAGAGGUUACCCAGAUUGCCGCCCAAGCACGAGCCAUAGGUAGGAAGAUGUCGGACGAAGUCAAAGAUUUGCUCAUGGAGCACCAGGAGCGCUACGCGUAUCUGCAGGGUCUGGCCGACGGCAAGACGGAGCACGACGUUGAGCUGGAAAUUGACGCGGAAAAGGCGCAGCUCGAACUCAUCCAUACGUCCAACCCCAACAUCCUACGCGAGUUUGAGAAGCGCGCCCAGGACAUUGCACGACUCCGCAGUAAAAUGGACGGUAUCAACAGCAAGGCCGCGGAGCUGACAGCCGCCCAAAAUUCACUGAUGAACAAGUUUGAGCCCAAGCUCGACGAGCUGGUUGCGCAAAUCAACAGUGCCUUUGCGUACAACUUUGAGCAAAUCAGCUGCUCGGGCGAAGUGCGCAUCCACAAGGAUGAAGACUUUGAGCAGUGGGCUCUGAAUAUCAUGGUUCGCUUCCGCGAGACCGAAACUCUGCAACAGCUGACGGCGCACCGGCAGUCCGGCGGCGAGCGCGCCGUGUCGACGAUUUUCUUCCUGAUGGCGCUGCAGUCGCUCGCCCAGUCGCCGUUUCGCGUUAUUGACGAGAUCAACCAGGGCAUGGAUCCGCGCAACGAGCGCAUGGUACACGAGCGCAUGGUGGAGAUUGCGUGCCGCGAGCACACGAGCCAGUACUUUCUCAUCACGCCCAAGCUGCUCCCCGGCCUCCGCUACGACGCCAAGAUGCGCAUCCUCUGCAUCGCCAGCGGCGAGUUUAUGCCUCGUGACGGCGGCAAGCUCGACUUUCAACGCUGCCUGGCCGUGGUGCGCGGCAUGAACAUGGCGGUGUAA